AUGGAGUUGUUGCAGUCUAGUGACGUCAUCGCUUUGGCUCAUCCGUCGGACGUGCGCACGGGAGAAGGACAUGGCGUGUACGUGCUUGACCCCAGACCUUCUACCACUGCAGAUGUACGAGUACAGUCGGUAUUGGAAGUUCUCCAGAAGCCGAGUAGAGCGCUUAUGCAAGCCAAGGGUGCCAUCGUUAAGCGAGAGAUCAGCGUGGGAGGACCCGUUGAAGAAAUGGUGUACAGUGACAGCGUGUUUUGGCUGAGCCAUCGUGUGUACGAUGCGCUGUUGUCGUGGUAUGAAGACCACACGCCAUUGCAGGAGGAGUUUGACGCAUACGCUCAUUUACUGCCUGCUUUUGGGGACAGAAUCCAAGACAGUAAAAACGAAAACGUAAGAAAACAUGCUGAAUCCGUCAGCGACUUCGAUAAAAAGGUUGAAGGUGAAAAAGUUGACUUCGAAGAUGAUGCGAAGCUCACGAAAAGACCUCGUCUUGUGAACGAUGCUGGUGAAAGAAGCGUUCAACUGUGCAAAACUUCACAUGAGUUUUUAGUUGACAUGAAGAAUAUCAUGAAAAAUCGGUCAUUGAAAGUUAUCGUUUUGGAGCGAUCUAAGUUCCAUCACCUGGGCUCCAUGAGAGAAUAUGUCGACAACCUCACAAGCUCAAGAAGUCUUAAACAGGAACUUAGGCUACAGAAUAUAAUGAAAUGCAACCUAAAGAAAUUCUGUAACACUGAUCUCGUGAAAAAUCUUGUUAUAAUGGGAUGCUUCGUGGGAGAUUCGGUGAAGUGUGAUAUUGCCUCUGACCGCCGCGCUGUUCUGGAAUGGAGUCUGAUCGAUGUGCCGAUUGUGAUCGAAAACGACGUGCUGUUGAGCAACUGCGAUACACGUCUAGAUCCUGCAGUACAGAUACUACAAACAGAUAUUAAAAUAAAAAUAUUCGAGAAUGUCGUCAUGCACACAGUGCCAAUCAAAGUUAACAAUACUAUCAUGUACGUUACAUGUGUAUUGAACAUCAACGACGACAUCAAAUUCUCGACGCAUGAGUUAAACAAGAUAUCGUACUUCGGUUGCGACAUGAGCAGCGUUAUACGAAUUCUUGAUUACGAUGAAAAACAAGUAUUGGCGAACGAAAAAAAAAUUUCGCUCUGGAACUUGCGUCUUUUUCCAUCAGCAACCACGGCGAACGUAAGUUUCUGGAAAAGCUACUCGAUGAUCAAUCGUCUGCUGAACAAGACUUGCGGGACCACCGAGUUAACCAAAGUACAUUACAACACCGAAAAGUUAUACAGCCUCAAGGACUUGUCUGAAGCAAAAGACUUGGACACGUUGUUGAAUGACAGGCAUAAGUUGCUGAUCAAAAUUGGGACAAAUUUGCAAGCCAUGUUAUAAUGUGCCCAGUUUUUUUACGUUAUUUUGAAAUUUGGCGCUAUUUACCCUGUUUUUACUUUCUUUAUGUUUUAAAUAUUUAAAACAAAACGUAUAAAAUUCUAUACAAAAGGUCUAAGGCUUGCGCUGCAAUUUCGUUUUCUUUCAAUGUCUCCUUGUAAACCAAUUUUAAAAUCACAAAUUUGAUAACGUUCGCGUUUAGUUAUUUGUGUUUUACUUAUUAAACAAGCUUUUACAAAUAUUGAUGAUUGUGUUGUUUGUUUGGUAAUCUUGACUUCAAUGUAAGUUUUUUUUACUCUUUGAAUAUUUUUUUCGCAUACUGUGAUGAAGUUUCAUUCUGACGGAAGUUUAUGCGACUUGAAUUUACUUGUGUUUCUUGAUUCACGGUUAUAGUUAACUCAUCACUUUGAUGAUCACAUUAUACAUGGUAAUGCAAUAUCAUUCCCAGUAAAUUCCGUCUUAUGUGUAAAGAACAAAACUGCGCAGUUAUAAUAAGUAAAUUUA